UAAUGGACCCAACCCAAACCUAAACGAGUUGCUAUUAGUCAAUUAGUCAAACUCGUGUGUGUGGAGAAAAUUAAAAUUUAUCUAUGCUUUUUGGUCUUUCCACGUGUCCACUAGGAACUAAAAUAUCACCAUCCAUUAUGGUAGUUGGAAUCUACGGUCUAGAAAAUAACAACAAAGUAAAGAAUCCAAGUAACACCAUCAUCAAUUAAAAUGUUCCUCACACUCACAACACAGUAACACACUCAUAAACCCAAAAGGAAAAAAUGGGUACUAUCAAUUUUCAAGCAAAACCCAUAUCCCAAAAUCUAAUAUUUCUCACAACCUUGAUCUUGAUCUUCCUCUCAACCACAUCAUUAUCCUCUAAUAAUGAAGAAAACACAACCACCUUAACUGCUUAUGAUGUUCUUCAAAAGUUCAACUUCCCAAUUGGGCUUCUCCCAAACGGUGUUCUAAGCUACGAAUUGGACCCUUCCACGGGUAACUUCAAAGCUUACUUAGAUGGCACUUGCACGUUCAAGAUUGAGUCCUAUGAUCUGAACUAUAAGUCAACCAUAACAGGUGUCAUCACCAAGAACAAGAUCUCUAACUUAAGUGGUAUUCAGGUUAAGGUUUUGUUCCUUUGGUUGAACAUUGUGUCGGUGACACGUGUUGAUGAUGAGUUACAAUUCUCGGUUGGGAUUGCAUCUGCUGAUUUUGCGGUUAGUAAUUUCUAUGAGUCUCCCACUUGUGGUUGUGGAUUUGAUUGUGUAAAUUUGGCUAACAAGGUCAUUCAUCAUGGGAACAUGUCAUCACAUGAUUAUGUUAUGUCUUCUUAAUUAGGGUUGUUGGAUCGGAGAGAACUUGUUAAUUAGGUGUGUUAAAUAAGAUUAUAUCAUUCAUGGUUUUGAUGUUGUAUUUGGAUGUUUUUACUUUUUAGUACUUCAUCUUCCAUAUCAACAUGGUGAAAGGGGACUAAGGUUUGUUUCAA